CGGAGGUGCAAAUGCCGACGCGCCCAUCUGUGGAUUCUAUUGAUUUUGGGGUAGGAUGUAGGACCCUGCUAUAAGACGGUCGUCUGCCCCCUACCAGAAGGUUGGGUUCCUCAUUAUCAGAAUUAUCAACACAUACGCUUCCUUACUACGUACUAUACCGAAUCUCUAUCAUGCACUCUGCCACAUACUUCACUACGGCCGCCAUGGUCGUCGGCCUUGCCUCUGCUGCUACGGCUGGUAAGGCUGCCACGAACCCCAAUGCCCAAGGUGCUUGCGCUGCUACUAAGGGUGGUGCGAAUGCUUGUGGCCCUAAUGGCUCCGAGGCCUGGCUCAACACUGGCCUCACCAGUGAUGGCUGGAAGCCUCCCUUCCUCGACAUUAACAAGCUCACCCACAUCAGUCUCGAGGACUACUACAAGGGCGUUGGCAAGAGCUGCCAGAAGUACGAUGCGCAGUUCAAGUCUUCUGGCAAAAAGUACAACAUUGAUCCUGCCAUCCUGGCGUUCCUCGCCAUGCAGGAAUCCUCUUGCAACGCCGAUGAGGGUGGCCCCACGCCUGGUCUUAUGCAGUGCGAUCCCUCCAACUGCCAGAACGGCAAGAAGUCAUGCCAGUACCCUAUUCAAGACAACGUCGACUGCGGCGCUCACGUUCUCCGAUCUGCGCUUGACAGCUCUGGCGGCAACGCUGUCAAGGCAAUUGGCUCCUACAACGGCUGGUUCACAUCUGGCUCGGGCCUCAACGGCAACAAGGGUAUCACGGAAGGCUACCCAUGCAGCGCCGAGGGCAAGAGACACGGCCUGCCCCAGAACUUGAACUACAUCCACGAGACGCUCAACGGCUGGUUCCAGGGCUACGAUAUGUAUGGCAAGGACGCCAACCUUGAUGGCAAGUAUGCUUGCCAGGGCAAGUGCAAUGGCAACAACCUUUGCUAGAGAGCGGAGGAUGCCCUUUGUGACGAAUGUAUGAUAUUAGCGGAAGAGGCUGUGCUGCUGUGGAAGAAAGCAGGCUAAGCAAUGCACAUAUAUAGUACAAAUACACAGUAUAUAAUAUAGUACAGUAUGCUAAAACAAUAGAAUGAUGAAUACAAAA